GUGACCGAGAUCUUGGCUGGCGCUCAGCCGCGGAAGCCGUGGCAGUGUCUCUGGCAAUUCCUGGAGGAGCAGGCAGACCAGAGCUCCCGGCUACAGCGGGCUGUGAACCUAGGCUUGUCAUUCGAGCGCUCCGGGUUGUAUCUCUGCUUGGAUGCGGAAAGCAGGGCAGAGUAUGCACGUGUUUCCUUGCAAGAGCUGGCUGCAGUGGUGGCCUACAGUCAGAAGCACCGGUGCGACGCAAGCUAUCCGGCCUGGAGAUCCUUGUCCGCUGAGUCCAGGCGGGCCCACGUGCCGGACGACGCAGUUGCUUUCCUUGCCUCUUGCUUGGAGCCAGCUUGGAUGGCUCAGUACACAGCGUAUGGUUGGCUUGAUCUGCAUGCUCCCCGUGAUGCCGUUCUUGCCGAGCCUACUGCAGGUCAGCUUGCAGUGCUCUCUGCAAUGGGCCACUCUGACGAUGCUGCAUCUCCAGAGCCGAAGCGAGUGAAGGUCGAGCCGACACAGCCUGUGUCCGAGCAGGAGAGCGAGGUGUUGGAGCCUCGUGAACUGCAAGGGCGUCUGAUGCAAGGGUCAGUGUACAAGCCGUUCACAAGCGACCCGUGCGACAUCGGCCAAGUUGUGCGAGGUCUGGCAGCCAUCUUGCGACUUUGGGGUGGUGAGCAAUGGACACGAGUGUAUGGCAUAGUCAAUGCAGGCUGUGAUCAGCAUUCGCAUCUGCUGAAGAUGCAGCUCCAUUGUCGUGUGAUGUUCUGCAUUGUGUACUCGCCAACACAUUGGUCGCUGUUGGUCUUGCACCGGCCUGAGGACGGGCCCCACACGGCAUUCAUGUACGACAGUCUCCAGGACCAGGUCUGCGAGGACAGUGGGAGGGCAUUCCUUCUCUACGUGACGUCCCAGGGCUGGACGCAGGAGAACUUGGAAUUGAGGCUGGCGCAAAUCCCGAAGCAGCAAGACACCUGGAGCUGUGGACACCGAGUCGUUGCGACGGCGGACCGCAUCUUGGCUCACCUCUCUGACCACGGAGCUCUUCCCAAUCGGCUAGAGGGCCCAACGGAUGAGGAUGUAAGCGUCCUCAUCGCCACUGCGAGCAAAUGUCACAGGUUGAAGCUGGAGCAAUUGGAACAGAAGCGAGAAGCUGCAGUCAAGAGAUGCAAAGCAGAGCCUGCGCAUCCUGCGAGUGCAGCUGCUGCUGCUGCUGCACCUGCCGCUGCUGCAAGGUCUUGCUUGGUGGAUGACGACAACUCUCCUCGCACUCCACCGCCUCGUGCCAGCAAAAGACUCCGCACGCUGGACAGCCCUGCUGAGUCCAGCGAGCCAGCCACACCGCCGGCCACCAAGAUUGCGCGUGCGCCGCGACUGGGCGAGGCUGUGAGAAAAGCCAAAGCCAAGUCGGCGACCAAGGACAAGAGGCCAAGCGACGCAGCCGAGAAGCCUAGCAAGGUGGACAUGGAGAGCGCUGUGGCCACAUGUCUUGCUCACGACGUGACACACACUUACUUCCAGAAGGCCCAUGUCCAAGAUGGGAGGCCUGCGGGCAGGGGUGAGUGGCACGUCUUCCUGGCAGCCGUCCUGGAUGAUCGGAAGGUCUUGACUUGCAGAACUUGCCUGGACUUGGCAGAGCGGGUACGCGGUGCCGGCCAGCAGGUGGUGCCAGCUGCAAGUAGCGACGCACUGCCUGACGUGUCCAACGCCCCUGGCCUGGAGAAGCUGGGGGAGUCUUGCCAUCAGCGAGGGCGACCGAAGAAAAACGCGGCCCCAAGAUGGAGCAUCCACGUCUUCAUACGGAACAGCCGGGCCGACAUCUACAGGCAAACUCCCGGCAGUUUCGGGAAGAGUGUCAUCUAUGAGUGCCUCGCCUGUGCUCGCCAGAUUCGCUUCGGCUCAGCGACCUGUUCCAAGAAAAUCGAGGCGCACGAGGCCGCCGCUACCCACCAGCGCGGUCUCCGACGACUUCGUGGAGAGGAGCCAGCAGCUCAACCCAUCCAACUUGAGGCUGCUGGGAGUGCGUCAGCUCCCGGGCUGAGCCAGGCCAGAGCAUGCUGCGGUGUGUCUACAGGCGAGCCCACGCUGCCACUCCAUGCCAUCUCCGACACCAUGCUCCAGUUCAUGCACAUGGGCCAGCCCAGGAUCAAGUACGCGGAGUAUGAGUCCGACCCUUUGCAGGAAGCAUUGCUGGAGCUGCAAGAUGAUCAGGUCGUGGUUCGGAGCAAGAAGUGUGAGAAAAGCACUGGCAGAGGUGCCUUGGCUUGCCGAGCUUGCGUGGCCUUCUGCAGAGGAAAGCCGUUCCGGCAAUGCGUCGCCCAGAAGGCCUAUUUCAUUGACUUGCUCGUGCUGCUGCAGAAGCUUUUUCACGCAAGCCCUCAAGAACAGGACGACUACAAGCGGGUUAUGCAGGAACGAGAUUACAUUCGGCAGGGCCUUGCCGGUGACGACUUGUCGCAGCUCCUCUCUCUCUCCCGCAUGGACAUUGGACGACGCAUAUCGGCAAAGUUCGAAAGUAUCCCGGCAUGGCGGAUUUCGGACAGCCUUCGGCGCCUCCUGGACCACUAUCUCCUGAGGCCGCAUGUGCUGCACGCCUCUGAACAAGAAGCCCUGGCGUACGGCUCGCUCUGCACUAGCCUCAGCAGUGCCAUCGCUAGUGGCACGACCCGGGAGCGCGAUCUUUGCCUGGCUGCCAAGGUGGCGACAGGAGGGCUGCGAGCAGACUCCCUCGUGGAAGGAUUGGCUACGAGCUUUCUGCUAGCCUUCAAAACGAACCUUGCUGAUCGCCAACGACGGACGACCUCGGCCUACUGCAAUUAUGAAGCUCUCAGCGAGUCACUGGUCACCCUGGGGAGGCACGAGGAGGUGGCGAAUCUCCUACGAGCAUUUCGUGUGAACCCGAAGCAGCUGCAGAAGUUACGGCUGGACAGCGAGAGAUUCCCACAAGCCUUCCUUUCUCUGAGUUUGCCAGGCCAGGUCGAGAAGUGCUUCCAGCAGGCCUGCGGGUUUAUGAAGUCGGGAGGCACUCGCAUGCACGUCAUCGUGGAUGAAACCACCUGGUCAGCUGCGUGGGAGCAGGUGACGAACCUGCGAGGCCCAGGUAUUCCCGAAGCAUGCGACUCCGUGUACAUUGGUGGGCCCUGGUCCGAGGAACCCGACCAGGAUCUAUCCAUCCUGGUGCCCCAGCAAUGGAAGGAGAAGAAACUCGGCAAGCAGCACCUGGCGAAGCUGGGGCUCCAUGCCGUGGUCCAGAGGCCCGACUGUGCCUCCUUCCAGUGGGAUGUCAUGAUGCUGCCAAAGAAGCCUGGAGUAAGCUCCGCGGACGAGAUGCUGAGCAUUGUCGCAACCUUGCUCGACAGACUCACCACCGCUAGUGGCGGCGUGAGUCCCACAGGAGUGGCCUUCGACGGCGGAACGCCCAACUCGAAGAUCAAUCAGAUCUUCCUGGCCUUGCUUGACCGAUCCACCAUGGACGCCUUGCCAUUCUUCUCCUCCUGCCAGGUGCAUUAUCCCGACUGGUCGUUUUGGGCUUUCGGCUACCUGACCUUCCGCGAGAAGGAGCACAUGGUCACAUUCAACGGAGCCUUUCACUGGCUCAAGCGGCUGAGCCUUCAGAUGCUGUCAGGCUGCAGAAAAAUAUACCUGGGAGGUCUUUGGCUGGAUGUGACCCACGCACUCAGCUUUAACCUGCCCGAGAAGGUCUACGUGGCCGCCGAUCCACAGAACGAUCUUGCAGGAGCUAUGCUGCUUUCACCGCCGUGGAUCGGCGAAGGCUGGAGCUCCCUCGGAGCCCACGUCAUGUCCCUGCUCGCAGGCCUCUUUGUGUCCGCAACAACAGGCUCGGUGGGGUACACCAAGGCUGAAAUAGCCGAGAACGCAUUUUCGGGAUACUAUUUUCUGCUUCUCAUCGUGGCUGGAAACGAGAAGAGGUUUGGCGCUGCGUGGAAGCCCAGAUGCUUGGCAGAAGCGACUGUGAAGAACGGUUGUGCAUUGGCCCAUUACUGCGUCGUAUCCUCCCUCACAGGCUUCGAACCUCGAUUUCUGCAGGAAAUCGGAAUUGAGAGGCACUUUAGUGCUUUGAAGAUGCCGUUCAGGGGCUCGCCAUCGUUGAAAGACUACCUCUACGGGAAUAUGGCUCUGAACUCCCGACAGGCCCGGAAACUGCAAGGCAUGAGCGCCCAGGACCUGCAGAAGUACAACUCCACGAAGGACCGCGAGCCAUUGAGCAUGGAGGCCCUCAAGCUGCUCAGCAAGAAAGGCUGCGCGUCCGCGGUGCAGCUCUACAGCUGCAUCUCAGACAGCCUUUCUGCGACUGAUGCCUAUGGCAUGUUGCGGCAGUGGUGGUCGGACAGAGGCCAGCAGUUCUUUCGGUCGCUCAGGCCCGAUGCCCUGGAGGACGAGGAUCUCCACCCUGAUGUCGUGGAGUUGCUGCAGGGAGAGCUGCCCAAUGCAAAUGCGGAGAUCCUACAAACUCUGGAGGACAGAGCCAAGAUUUCGGAGGAGAUCAUUGAGGUCCUGGAAACCGAGAACAGGCCAGCAGAGGCUUCAGCGACAGCACUGGUUUCGAGCUGCUUGGGGCCCGGCGCCGUAGACGAUCCAUGUGAUGCAGAUGCUGGGCUGCAAGGACGAGUGCAGGAAGUGACAGGUGCAGCCCGUACUUUGCGAGAACUCCUCCGUCAGUGUCAAGCUCGGUGUCCAAUCUUUGACACAAGCGAGGAGUCCAGCAAAGGACGCAAGGAGAUGCUCAAAAGGGCCGUCCAGCUACAGAUGCCCAUCAGGGACUUUGUGAGACAAGCGCGGCUGGAGGAACGACUCCUGUCUGCCACUGCUCUCGGAAUCCAGCCGGCUAGUGGUGAACUGAAUGCUUGGAAUGAGCGACAGCAUGAGCUGGCGCUGGCAAAUCGAGCGGCAGGUGCGUCACAAUUGAAGCUGGCAAGGGCAACACAGUGGUACAAUGCACAGAAGCAGUUCUGCGAGGAGACCUGCAAGAACAAUGCCAAGAAGACUCACGAUGACCCGGGCCUGAAAUGCAUCCAUGAGUAUCGUCCUCACAGAAGCAGCAGCGAACAGCAGGUCAUUGCGUUCACGACAGAGGACGAGGCGAUUGCAGUGGGCGUGGUGCUCAGUGUGUUCCGGGGCUCAAUCGUCCGGAAGGCUGGGGCGUCAGACGGGGCGACGUCCAUUCGCACCUCGCGGCCUUUUCCUGAGCCCUUGCCAUCGACAGCAACGAAACUCAUUCACGUGGCCUACCUAGUCUACAAGCAGAGUAAUGUUUGGGAGACAAGCUGUGCCGAGGAGUGUGGCCCAGUGGAUCCAGUUGGGCAUGUGCUUGGGGAGCUGUCCGUGUGCAAUUGCGAGGCAACCCGGACAAGGCUUCACGUCCGCUUGACAGAGUCAGCCAUCGGUGCUUUGGCAGUGCUUUGCGAGAAAGGUGUGCAGGGUCUGCCCCGUAUGCCAGCAAUGCCCAGAGACGAGCCAGUCACCUGCGCAUCCGACACAGCUGCUGCUGCUGCCACCCUGGAGUUCACAGACCGUUCGUUCUUCAAGUCCCAGAUGCCGGGCCAGGUUGAGAAGUUCUUCCGUGGAGUUGCCAUGGACUUCGGCAGUUCCAGGAUCCAGGUCAUUGAUGCUGAGGGUUUCGUGACCCUGAAUGGCAAGAAGGAGCACUGGGAGACCAUGGUCAAGCGCAUUCCUGCAUACUUCUUCCAGGAGUUCCGGAACCUGCAAGGGUACCGCUUCAGUGCAGCUGUCCACUACCAGGUCAUCCAAUGUUUGCCAUCCAAGGGCCCCUUGAGCU